AUGGCGCAGCGCACGCCGGCGACCCUGGCGCUGGGCGGCUUGGCCGGUGGGCUGGCCUACUUGAGCUCGGGCAGCCAGGCCUUUGCAGCUGCGCCGGCGACCUCGAACCUCCGCCAGCAGCGUGCGGCACAUGCAGCACAGGCGCCUUCGUCCUUGACCUCCACAUCCCUGCCAGCCAUGAUGGCGGGUGGCGUGGUCCUUGCCGCCGCUGCCACCUCUGGACGUGGCACCCGCUCGCGUGGCAGCGCACCCGCCCGCGCGGUCACUCCUUACGAGUUGCAGGAGAACGUCUAUGCCGACCUCGAGUUCACCAACGACAUCGGCUACCUGCCUGAUGGCACUCCCAUGAACCGGGCAGGCAACGCCAUCAACCACCCAGAGACCAUCGGCCCUGACAGUCACGCUCCGGGCUCCCCUCUGCCACGCGCUCACUUCGUGAACUCUGUGGGUUACCUGCCCGAUGGCACUCCUCUGAAUGCAGCCGGCAAUGCCAUCAACCACCCGGAGACCAUGCAGCCGGACUCUCACACACCAGGUUCUCCUCUACCAGCGUCCACGUAUGCAGCGGACAUCGGCUACCUGGUGGAUGGCACUCCCAUGGAGACGGCCGGCAACAACUCUGUGAGGGGUGGCGCCACGCCUCCACCAGCACCUCCAGUGGCGGCCGCGGCAUUCGUUGGCUCCAGUGCACCAGCAUCUGCGCCCGCACCAGCACCAGCUGCACCGACACCUGCACCUGCAGUGGCUGCGCCCGGUGCUCCUCGCACUGCCAUGUACGGGAGGAAGUUUGAAUACAGCUUCCAGAAGGAUGCCUUCGCCGAGUACGAGUUCAGCAACGAUGUGGGCUAUCUUCCCGACGGCACUCCCAUGAACAGGGCGGGCAAUGCCAUCAACCAUCCGGAGAGUAUUGGUCCGGACAGCCAUGCACCUGGCUCACCGUUGCCCAGGGCCAACUUUGUCAAUUCCAUCGGCUACUUGCCGGAUGGCACUCCCAUGAAUGCAGCUGGCAACGCCAUCAACCACCCGGAGACCAUGCAGCCAGACCUUCACACGCCAGGCUCUCCUCUGCCAGAGUCUGUGUAUGCUGCCGACGUGGGCUACUUGGUGGAUGGCACUCCCCUGGAGACGGCCGGCAACAACUCUGUGAGGGGUGGCGCCGUACCCGCGUCAGCUCCUGCAGCGGCUCCGGCACCCUCUGCCCCGACACCUCAGCCUGUGGUCGCAGCGGCCUUCGUCGGCUCGUCGGCAGGGACCUCAUCCAAAGUCAGGCACGCCGGGAACUUCGCCUACUCCUUCCAGAAGGACUCCUGGGCCGACCUGGAGUUCAGCAACGACAUCGGCUACCUGCCGGACGGCACGCCCAUGAACAAGGCCGGGAAUGCGAUCAACCACCCGGAGAACAUUCAGCCGGACAGCCAUGCUCCGGGAUCUCCGUUGCCUUCCGCCAUCUUCGUGAACGAUGUCGGCUACCUGCCAGACGGCACCCCGCUCAACAAGGCCGGCAACGCCAUCAACCACCCGGAGAACAUCCAGCCGGACCUUCACACUCCCGGUUCGCCGCUGCCUGCCUCCGUCUACGCGCAGGACGUGGGCUACUUGGUGGACGGCACGCCCAUGAGCACUGUCGAGUUAGCCCCACCGUUCUGGUACUUGAUGAACGAACAGCGCACGCCGGCGACCCUGGCGCUGGGCGGCUUGGCCGGUGGGCUGGCCUACUUGAGCUCGGGCAGCCAGGCCUUUGCAGCUGCGCCGGCGACCUCGAACCUCCGCCAGCAGCGUGCGGCACAUGCAGCACAGGCGCCUUCGUCCUUGACCUCCACAUCCCUGCCAGCCAUGAUGGCGGGUGGCGUGGUCCUUGCCGCCGCUGCCACCUCUGGACGUGGCACCCGCUCGCGUGGCAGCGCACCCGCCCGCGCGGUCACUCCUUACGAGUUGCAGGAGAACGUCUAUGCCGACCUCGAGUUCACCAACGACAUCGGCUACCUGCCUGAUGGCACUCCCAUGAACCGGGCAGGCAACGCCAUCAACCACCCAGAGACCAUCGGCCCUGACAGUCACGCUCCGGGCUCCCCUCUGCCACGCGCUCACUUCGUGAACUCCGUGGGUUACCUGCCCGAUGGCACUCCUCUGAAUGCAGCCGGCAAUGCCAUCAACCACCCGGAGACCAUGCAGCCGGACUCUCACACACCAGGUUCUCCUCUACCAGCGUCCACGUACGCGGCGGACAUCGGCUACCUGGUGGAUGGCACGCCCAUGGAGACGGCCGGCAACAACUCUGUGAGGGGUGGCGCCACGCCUCCACCUGCACCUCCAGUGGCGGCCGCGGCAUUCGUUGGCUCCAGUGCACCAGCAUCUACGCCCGCACCAGCACCAGCUGCACCGACACCUGCACCUGCAGUGGCUGCGCCCGGUGCUCCUCGCACUGCCAUGUACGGGAGGAAGUUUGAAUACAGCUUCCAGAAGGAUGCCUUCGCCGAGUACGAGUUCAGCAACGAUGUGGGCUAUCUUCCCGACGGCACUCCCAUGAACAGGGCGGGCAAUGCCAUCAACCAUCCGGAAAGUAUUGGUCCGGACAGCCAUGCUCCUGGCUCACCGUUGCCCAGGGCCAACUUUGUCAAUUCCAUCGGCUACUUGCCGGAUGGCACUCCCAUGAAUGCAGCUGGCAACGCCAUCAACCACCCGGAGACCAUGCAGCCAGACCUUCACACGCCAGGCUCUCCUCUGCCAGAGUCUGUGUAUGCAGCCGACGUGGGCUACUUGGUGGAUGGCACUCCCCUGGAGACGGCCGGCAACAACUCAGUCAGGGGUGGCGCCGUGCCCGCGUCAGCUCCUGCAGCGGCUCCGGCACCCUCUGCCCCGACACCUCAGCCUGUGGUCGCAGCGGCCUUCGUCGGCUCGUCGGCAGGGACCUCAUCCAAAGUCAGGCACGCCGGGAACUUCGCCUACUCCUUCCAGAAGGACUCCUGGGCCGACCUGGAGUUCAGCAACGACAUCGGCUACCUGCCGGACGGCACGCCCAUGAACAAGGCCGGGAAUGCAAUCAACCACCCGGAGAACAUUCAGCCAGACAGCCAUGCUCCGGGAUCUCCGUUGCCUUCCGCCAUCUUCGUGAACGAUGUCGGCUACCUCCCAGACGGCACCCCGCUCAACAAGGCCGGCAACGCCAUUAACCACCCGGAGAACAUCCAGCCGGAUCUUCACACUCCCGGUUCUCCGCUGCCUGCCUCCGUCUACGCGCAGGACGUGGGCUACUUGGUUGACGGAACGCCCAUGAGCAGUGCUGGCAGUCAGGCCUUUGCAGCAGCGCCGGCUACUUCGAACCUCCGCCAGCAGCGUGCAAGCCAUGCAGCGCAGGCGCCUGCGUCCUCGGCUUCCACAUCCCUGCCAGCCAUGAUGGCUGGUGGCGCGGUUCUCGCCGCAGCUGCUGCAUCUGGGCGCACCAGCCGCUCGCAUGGCAGCACGCCCCUCCCAACCACCGUGCCAGUGAGGAAAUCGGCCACGGCCCGCAAGGCCCUGGACCAGUCCAGCCGUUACGCCGACCUGUCGCUAGAUGAGGCCACGCUCAUCAAGAAGCUUUGCUGCAAUGAAGCACUACUGAUCACUUCUUCCAUUUCUUCCAGUCUUCGUGUGAAAGGAAUCUCUGCUUGUAGGUGGCAACAUGGUAGUGAGGUGGGUCGUAGUUGUUGGUGCAAUCUCAGGAAUGGCAAGCACGUGUUGGUGGCGUACAUCAUGAAGCCGAAGGCAGGAUACGAUUACCUGGCCACCGCGGCACACUUUGCCGCCGAGUCCUCCACGGGCACCAACGUGAACGUGUGCACCACGGACGACUUUACCAAGUCCGUGGAUGCUCUGGUGUACUACAUCGACCCCGACAGCGAGGAGAUGAAGAUCGCCUACCCAAAUCUGUUGUUCGACCGGAACAUCAUCGAUGGCCGCGCCAUGAUGUGCUCCUUCCUGACCUUAUCCAUCGGCAACAACCAGGGUUUGGAGCCUAUUUUCGUUUGCGGAUGUAUGGGCGACGUCGAGUACGGCAAGAUCUACGACUUCUACUUGCCGCCUGAGUUCCUCCGCCUGUACGACGGCCCGGCCGUGAACGUGGAAGACAUGUGGCGCAUCCUGGGCAAGGGCACCAGCAACGGUGGCCUCGUGGUGGGCACCAUCAUCAAGCCCAAACUCGGCCUGCAGCCCAAGCCAUUCGGCGAGGCCUGCUACGCGUUCUGGCAGGGUGGCGACUUCAUCAAGAACGAUGAGCCCCAGGGCAACCAGGUGUUCUGCCAGAUGAACGAGGUCAUCCCAGAGGUUGUGAAGGCCAUGAGGGCCUGCAUCAAGGAGACCGGGGUGGGUAAGCUGUUCUCUGCCAACAUCACGGCGGAUGAUCCCAACGAGAUGAUCGCCCGCGGCAAGUACUGUCUGUCCCAGUUCGGUCCUUUGUCCGAGAAUUGCGCAUUCUUGGUGGACGGAUACGUUGCGGGAGGCACGGCCGUGACCUGCGCCCGCCGCAACUUCCCAGGACAGUUCCUGCACUACCACCGUGCCGGACAUGGAUCCGUGACUAGCCCCCAGACCCAGCGUGGUUACACCGCCUUCGUGCACACCAAGAUCUCCCGAGUCAUCGGCGCGUCCGGCAUCCACACCGGCACCAUGAGCUUCGGCAAGAUGGAGGGCGAUGCCUCCGACAAGAACAUUGCUUUCAUGCUGCAGGACGAUGCGGCCGAUGGCCCGUACUAUCACCAGCCGUGGGAAGGCAUGAAGCAGACGACCCCCAUCAUCUCUGGCGGCAUGAAUGCACUCCGCUUGCCGGCCUUCUUCGAGAACUUGGGCCACUCCAACGUGAUCCUCACCGCCGGUGGCGGCUCUUUCGGACACAAGGAUGGCCCCAAGCCCGGCGCCGUCUCGUGCCGCCAGGGAGAGGAGGCCUGGAAGGCCUGGAAGGCUGGCCAGUACGGCAACAUCAGCUUGAGUGACGGCGUCAUUGAGUUCGCAAAGACGCACGAGGAGAUCAAGGGUGCUUUCCUGACCUUCCAGAAGGACGCCGACCAGAUCUACCCGGGAUGGAAGGAGAAGCUGGGCUACACGGGCGAGUCUUCGGUGCAGGCGGCCAGCUUCGACUGGGCCAAGAAGGCAUCUGCCGCUGCCUUCGUGGGCUGCAGUGUCCCAGAGCGCACGGUCCAGGUCGCCCGGGCGGUCACUCCGUACGAGUUGCAGAAAAAAGUCUAUGCCGACCUCGAGUUCACCAACGACGUCGGCUACCUGCCUGAUGGCACUCCCAUGAACCGGGCAGGCAACGCCAUCAACCACCCGGAGACCAUCGGCCCUGACAGGCACGCUCCGGGCUCCCCUCUGCCGCGCGCCCUCUUCGUGAACUCUGUGGGUUACCUGCCCGAUGGCACUCCUCUGAAUGCAGCCGGCAACGCCAUCAACCACCCGGAGACCAUGCAGCCAGACUCUCACACGCCCGGUUCUCCUUUGCCCACGUCCGCGUAUGCAGCUGACAUCGGCUACCUGGUGGAUGGCACUCCCAUGGAGACGGCCGGCAACAACUCUGUGAGGGGUGGCGCCACUCCGGCAGCAGCACCUGCCGCCGCAGCUCAAUCAUUCGGGACUUCUGCCCCUCCGAUGGCAGCCGCAAGUCAUGCUGCAGUUGCAGGUGGUCUCUUGCAUGGCCGCCAGUUCGACUACAGCUACCAGAAGGACGUGUAUGCUGACCUGGAGUUCAGCAAUGAUGUUGGCUACUUGCCCGAUGGCACUCCGAUGAACAGGGCAGGGAAUGCGAUCAACCACCCGGAGAACAUUCAGCCGGACAGGCACACUCCGGGUUCGCCUCUGCCUAGGGCUGAGUUUGUGAAUUCCGUCGGAUACUUACCGGACGGCACCCCCCUGAAUGCAGCGGGAAAUGCCAUCAAUCAUCCAGAGACCAUGCAGCCUGAUCUCCACACACCAGGAUCCCCACUGCCGGCCUCCGCCUAUGCUGCAGACAUUGGGUACCUGGUCGAUGGGACCCCGCUGGAGUCAGCUGGUAACAACUCCGUGAAAGCGCCUCAUAUGGCAGCCGCAGCAUUCGUCAGCUCGACAUCCAGCCCUAGCCCGGCACCCACACCGCCCGCCCCUGCCUUCGCCGGCUCCUCGGCAGGGACUUCAUCCAAAGUCAGGCACGCCGGGAAUUUCGCCUACUCCUUCCAGAAGGACUCCUGGGCCGACCUGGAGUUCAGCAACGACAUCGGCUACCUGCCGGAUGGCACGCCCAUGAACAAGGCCGGGAAUGCGAUCAACCACCCGGAGAACAUUCAGCCGGACAGCCAUGCUCCGGGAUCUCCCUUGCCUUCCGCCAUCUUCGUGAACGAUGUCGGCUACCUCCCAGACGGCACCCCGCUCAACAAGGCCGGCAACGCCAUCAACCACCCGGAGAACAUCCAGCCGGACCUUCACACUCCCGGUUCGCCGCUGCCUGCCUCCGUCUACGCGCAGGACGUGGGCUACUUGGUGGACGGCACGCCCAUGAGCACUGCCGGCAAUCUCUCUGUGCUGACGCAAAAAGGCGGUUUUCCCUUGUCGGCCAGAUGUGAUUGGGCAUCCUUGCCACACACCUGUGUCUACAUCGGAGGACACAACUUUUGUUGCCUCUGCAAGUGGCAUGCUGAGUCAAGUCUCUGCAGCUAUUGGAGCAACAAGCAAGCAAGCAGCGUAGUAUUUGUGCUUUGUCGGCGACUUCCACCGGUUGUGAUGGCACAGCACACAUCGGCCAGCUUGGCGCUGGGCGGCUUGGUUGGUGGGCUGGCAUACUUGAGCUCGGGCAGCCAGGCCUUUGCAGCUGCGCCGGCGACCUCGAACCUCCGCCAGCAGCGUGCGGCGCAUGCAGCGCAGGCGCCGUCAUCCUUGACCUCCACAUCCCUGCCAGCCAUGAUGGCGGGUGGCGUGGUCCUUGCCGCCGCUGCCACCUCUGGACGUGGCACCCGCUCGCGUGGCAGCGCACCCGCCCGCGCGGUCACUCCUUACGAGUUGCAGGAGAACGUCUAUGCCGACCUUGAGUUCACCAACGACGUCGGCUACCUGCCUGAUGGCACUCCCAUGAACCGGGCAGGCAACGCCAUCAACCACCCGGAGACCAUCGGCCCUGACAGUCACGCUCCGGGCUCCCCUCUGCCACGCGCUCACUUCGUGAACUCUGUGGGUUACCUGCCCGAUGGCACUCCUCUGAAUGCAGCCGGCAAUGCCAUCAACCACCCGGAGACCAUGCAGCCGGACUCUCACACGCCCGGUUCUCCUUUGCCCGCAUCCGCGUAUGCAGCCGACAUCGGCUACCUGGUGGAUGGCACUCCGAUGGAGACGGCUGGCAACAACUCUGUGAGGGGUGGCGCCACGCCUCCACCAUCACCUCCAGUGGCGGCCGCGGCAUUCGUUGGCUCCAGUGCGCCAGCAUCUACGCCCGCACCAGCACCAGCUGCACCGACACCUGCUCCUGCAGUGGCUGCGCCGGGUGCCCCUCGCACUGCCAUGUACGGGAGGAAGUUUGAAUACAGCUUCCAGAAGGAUGCCUUCGCCGACUGCGAGUUCAGCAACGACGUGGGCUAUCUUCCCGACGGCACUCCAAUGAACAAGGCGGGCAAUGCCAUCAACCAUCCGGAGAGUAUUGGUCCGGACAGCCAUGCACCUGGCUCACCGUUGCCCAGGGCCAACUUUGUCAAUUCCAUCGGCUACUUGCCAGAUGGCACUCCCAUGAAUGCAGCUGGCAACGCCAUCAACCACCCGGAGACCAUGCAGCCAGACCUUCACACGCCAGGCUCUCCUUUGCCAGAGUCUGUGUAUGCAGCCGACGUGGGCUAUUUGGUGGAUGGCACUCCCCUGGAGACGGCCGGCAACAACUCUGUGAGGGGUGGCGCCACGCCUCCACCAUCACCUCCAGUGGCGGCCGCGGCAUUCGUUGGCUCCAGUGCGCCAGCAUCUACGCCCGCACCAGCACCAGCUGCACCGACACCUGCUCCUGCAGUGGCUGCGCCCGGUGCCCCUCGCACUGCCAUGUACGGGAGGAAGUUUGAAUACAGCUUCCAGAAGGAUGCCUUCGCCGACUGCGAGUUCAGCAACGACGUGGGCUAUCUUCCCGACGGCACUCCAAUGAACAAGGCGGGCAAUGCCAUCAACCAUCCGGAGAGUAUUGGUCCGGACAGCCAUGCACCUGGCUCACCGUUGCCCAGGGCCAACUUUGUCAAUUCCAUCGGCUACUUGCCAGAUGGCACUCCCAUGAAUGCAGCUGGCAACGCCAUCAACCACCCGGAGACCAUGCAGCCAGACCUUCACACGCCAGGCUCUCCUUUGCCAGAGUCUGUGUAUGCAGCCGACGUGGGCUAUUUGGUGGAUGGCACUCCCCUGGAGACGGCCGGCAACAACUCAGUCAGGGGUGGCGCCGUACCCGCGUCAGCUCCUGCAGCGGCUCCGGCACCCUCUGCCCCGACACCUCAGCCUGUGGUCGCAGCGGCCUUCGUCGGCUCGUCGGCAGGGACCUCAUCCAAAGUCAGGCACGCCGGGAACUUCGCCUACUCCUUCCAGAAGGACUCCUGGGCCGACCUGGAGUUCAGCAACGACAUCGGCUACCUGCCGGACGGCACGCCCAUGAACAAGGCCGGGAAUGCGAUCAACCACCCGGAGAACAUUCAGCCGGACAGCCAUGCUCCGGGAUCUCCGUUGCCUUCCGCCAUCUUCGUGAACGAUGUCGGCUACCUGCCAGACGGCACCCCGCUCAACAAGGCCGGCAACGCCAUCAACCACCCGGAGAACAUCCAGCCGGACCUUCACACUCCCGGUUCGCCGCUGCCUGCCUCCGUCUACGCGCAGGACGUGGGCUACCUUGUGGAUGGCACGCCCAUGAGCACUGCCGGCAACCUCUCCGUCCAGCAGCGCUUAUCAGUGGGCAGAGCCAGAGCGAGGGAAGCAGCAACAUGCGCCAGUCUUCAGCGCAGCAGCUCUGUUGCGAAACUCUGUAUCUACUUUGCAGCUUCUCCACAGGUUAUAUUUGCGAGAAGUGCUCUAAUAGUUCCUGCGCAGAUGGCGCAGCGCACGUCGGCGACCUUGGCCCUGGGCGGCUUGGCCGGUGGGCUGGCGUACUUGAGCUCGGGCAGCCAGGCUUUUGCAGCUGCGCCGGCGACCACGAACCUCCGGCAGCAGCAUGCAGCCCAUGCAGCGCAGGCGCCUGCGUCCUCGGCUUCCACAUCCCUGCCAGCCAUGAUGGCUGGUGGCGCGGUUCUCGCCGCAGCUGCUGCCUCUGGACGCACCAGCCGCUCGCAUGGCAGCACGCCCCUCCCAACCACCGUGCCAGUGAGGAAAUCGGCCACGGCCCGCAAGGCCCUGGACCAGUCCAGCCGUUACGCCGACCUGUCGCUAGAUGAGGCCACGCUCAUCAAGAAGCUUUGCUGCAAUGAAGCACUACUGAUCAAUUCUUCCAUUUCUUCCAGUCUUCGUGUGAAAGGAAUCUCUGCUUGUAGGUGGCAACAUGGUAGUGAGGUGGGUCGUAGUUGUUGGUGCAAUCUCAGGAAUGGCAAGCACGUGUUGGUGGCGUACAUCAUGAAGCCGAAGGCAGGAUACGAUUACCUGGCCACCGCGGCACACUUUGCCGCCGAGUCCUCCACGGGCACCAACGUGAACGUGUGCACCACGGACGACUUUACCAAGUCCGUGGAUGCUCUGGUGUACUACAUCGACCCCGACAGCGAGGAGAUGAAGAUCGCCUACCCAAAUCUGUUGUUCGACCGCAACAUCAUCGAUGGCCGCGCCAUGAUGUGCUCCUUCCUGACCCUAUCCAUCGGCAACAACCAGGGUUUGGAGCCUAUUUUCGUUUGCGGAUGUAUGGGCGACGUCGAGUACGGCAAGAUCUACGACUUCUACUUGCCGCCUGAGUUCCUCCGCCUGUACGACGGCCCGGCCGUGAACGUGGAAGACAUGUGGCGCAUCCUGGGCAAGGGCACCAGCAACGGUGGCCUCGUGGUGGGCACCAUCAUCAAGCCCAAGCUCGGCCUGCAGCCCAAGCCAUUCGGCGAGGCCUGCUACGCGUUCUGGCAGGGUGGCGACUUCAUCAAGAACGAUGAGCCCCAGGGCAACCAGGUGUUCUGCCAGAUGAACGAGGUCAUCCCAGAGGUUGUGAAGGCCAUGAGGGCCUGCAUCAAGGAGACCGGGGUGGGUAAGCUGUUCUCUGCCAACAUCACGGCGGAUGAUCCCAACGAGAUGAUCGCCCGCGGCAAGUACUGUCUGUCCCAGUUCGGUCCUUUGUCCGAGAAUUGCGCAUUCUUGGUGGACGGAUACGUUGCGGGAGGCACGGCCGUGACCUGCGCCCGCCGCAACUUCCCAGGACAGUUCCUGCACUACCACCGUGCCGGACAUGGAUCCGUGACUAGCCCCCAGACCCAGCGUGGUUACACCGCCUUCGUGCACACCAAGAUCUCCCGAGUCAUCGGCGCGUCCGGCAUCCACACCGGCACCAUGAGCUUCGGCAAGAUGGAGGGCGAUGCCUCCGACAAGAACAUUGCUUUCAUGCUGCAGGACGAUGCGGCCGAUGGCCCGUACUAUCACCAGCCGUGGGAAGGCAUGAAGCAGACGACCCCUAUCAUCUCUGGCGGCAUGAACGCACUCCGCUUGCCGGCCUUCUUCGAGAACUUGGGCCACUCCAACGUGAUCCUCACCGCCGGUGGCGGCUCUUUCGGACACAAGGAUGGCCCCAAGCCCGGCGCCGUCUCGUGCCGCCAGGGAGAGGAGGCCUGGAAGGCCUGGAAGGCUGGCCAGUACGGCAACAUCAGCUUGAGUGACGGCGUCAUUGAGUUCGCAAAGACGCACGAGGAGAUCAAGGGUGCUUUCCUGACCUUCCAGAAGGACGCCGACCAGAUCUACCCGGGAUGGAAGGAGAAGCUGGGCUACACGGGCGAGUCCUCGGUGCAGGCGGCCAGCUUCGACUGGGCCAAGAAGGCAUCUGCCGCUGCCUUCGUGGGCUGCAGUGCCCCAGAGCGCACGGUCCAGGUCGCCCGGGCGGUCACUCCGUACGAGUUGCAGGAGAACGUCUAUGCCGACCUCGAGUUCACCAACGACGUCGGCUACCUGCCUGAUGGCACUCCCAUGAACCGGGCAGGCAACGCCAUCAACCACCCGGAGACCAUCGGCCCUGACAGUCACGCUCCGGGCUCCCCUCUGCCACGCGCUCACUUCGUGAACUCUGUGGGUUACCUGCCCGAUGGCACUCCUCUGAAUGCAGCCGGCAACGCCAUCAACCACCCGGAGACCAUGCAGCCGGACUCUCACACGCCCGGUUCUCCUCUGCCAGCGUCCGCGUAUGCAGCUGACAUCGGCUACCUGGUGGAUGGCACUCCGAUGGAGACGGCUGGCAACAACUCUGUGAGGGGUGGUGCUGCGCCCGCAGCUGCCCCUGCACAGGCGCCCGUGGUUGCGGCGGCCGCCUUUGUCGGCUCCUCGGCAGCGACCCCCUCCAAGGUCAGGCACGCUGGAAACUUCGCCUACUCCUUCCAGAAGGACUCCUGGGCCGACCUGGAGUUUAGCAACGACAUCGGCUACCUGCCGGACGGCACGCCCAUGAACAAGGCCGGGAAUGCGAUCAACCACCCGGAGAACAUUCAGCCGGACAGCCAUGCUCCGGGAUCUCCGUUGCCUUCCGCCAUCUUCGUGAACGAUGUCGGCUACCUGCCAGACGGCACCCCGCUCAACAAGGCCGGCAACGCCAUCAACCACCCGGAGAACAUCCAGCCGGACCUUCACACUCCCGGUUCGCCGCUGCCUGCCUCCGUCUAUGCGCAGGACGUGGGCUACCUUGUGGACGGGACGCCCAUGAGCAGUGCUGGCAACCUUUCUGUGCAGCAGUGA